AUGAAGAUGGAAGAUCAGCCUACGAGUCCUAAGGACGAGGAUAUCCUCAACCAAACACAAGAUCCGCUGGAAAGAAGGAGAUUGCAGAACCGCCUCUCUCAAAGAAAUCACCGUCGCAAAAUAAGAGAACGCAUUACAAAACUUCAAGAGCGCGUCAUCGCCAAUGAACUCAGAGCUGCUGCUGCUCUCAAUGGGUGGGACCAGGCAUAUAACCCAUCGCUAUUCCCAAGGUCUCACUCGUCUCCGAAGAAUGAGCUCGAAUUCACCUCGCGAGAUCUGUCCCCUUUAACCCCAGACCAGUGUACUUCAUUCAUGCCAUCAUAUCCCCCGCUCUCUCAGUCCUGGCCGAACGACUUUAACACAUUCCCACAACACGUGUAUCCCAGCGAUCUUUCCCAAUUUACCACAGUCAGUGAAGCAAGUCCAAUAUCUCCUAUGACAAGCGCCCCGGCACAGCCAAUCCACAGCACGUCACCUCCCAGCUCUGGUAUCAACUACGAUACAUACAGGGAAGUGAUAAGUACCCCGGAGACCUUCACACCAGACCCCUUGUCUACAUCAGCGCCCAAUCAGCCGCUGUACUACGUUGCGACUGGUCAGUACUCCAACUACAUGGUAUAG